AUGGUGGUGCUGGGGAGAAGAACUCAAGCCCCCAAGCCUCUUUCUCGUUCUCAAAUAGUCGACGAUGACUCUGAUAGUGCUUCGGAUUCUGAAUACGGCGACGUUUCCUGCGAGGAAUGUGGGUCAGGUGACUCUCCGGCCGAGCUGCUUCUGUGCGACGGCUGUAACUGUAACAGAGGGUACCAUUUGUUUUGCCUGAGACCCAUCCUUGUUCACGUGCCUAAAGGAAAGUGGUUUGGCCCUUGUUGCUCCAAGAACAAAAAGCCCAAGUCUUUCCCUCUCCAUCAGACCAAAAUUAGUGAUUUUUUUCGGAUUAAGAGGUCUGCGGACUCACUCCAGAAGAUAAAUCAAGAUAACCGAAAGAGGCGAAGGCGGGCAAGCAGCCUGGUGAUGUCCAAAAAGAAAAGGAGAUUAUUGCCCUUUAGUCCCACCGAGGAUCAUACAAGGAGAAUGCAACAAAUGGCGUCACUAGCAACGGCAUUGACUGCCACUGGGACUAAGUUCAGUAAUGAGCUUACUUAUAGGCCUAGAAUGGCACCCAGGUCGGCCAAUUGUGCAGCUCUUGAGCAAGGAGGAAUGCAGGUUUUGUCGAAAGAAGAUAUUGAAACUUUGAAUUUGUGCAAAAGCAUGAUGGAUAGAGGAGAAUGUCCACCCCUCAUGGUUGUUUUUGAUCCUCAGGAGGGGUUCACAGUAGAGGCUGAUAAAUUUAUCAGGGAUUUGACAAUAAUUACAGAAUAUGCUGGAGAUGUAGAUUACUUGAAGAACCGUGAAAAUGAUGAUGGGGAUAGCAUGAUGACAUUGCUUUCAGCUGCUAACCCUUCAAAAAGCCUUGUCAUUUGUCCUGACAAGCAUGGUAACAUUGCCCGCUUCGUCAAUGGCAUCAACAAUCACACACCGGAUGGGAGAAAGAAGCAGAACCUAAAAUGUGUAAGAUAUGAUGUCAAUGGUGAGAGUCGGGUUUUACUGAUUGCAAACAGAGACAUACCAAAAGGGGAGCGAUUGUAUUAUGAUUACAAUGGAUACGAGAAUGAAUAUCCAACCGAGCAUUUUGUCUAG